AUGACUGUUGUGGCCAGUUAUGGCAUGGUGCUCUGCGGUAACUCAUCCGACGAUUUACACCAACGAUACAGGGGGCGGAUAGAGAAAGUGAAGUUUGGUGUCCCAAUAAACGAAGCAUUUGCACAUGAUAUUCCUGCAACCCUUUUGGUUUUAUUGCUGAAGGUUAAUAAAGAGGGUCCCCUGAAGAAGGACAUAUGGCGGGCACCGGGUAAUCAAGCUCAGGUUCGCAAACUAUCACAUAUCAUGCAACAUGGCAGGCUGGUAAAUAUAGCUAAUUUUAGUGUCUAUACUGCAGCAUCAGUGAUCAAGAAAUUCCUUUCUAAACUACCGGGAGGUAUUUUCGGGAUGGAAAACGAACAAGUUCUUUUUAAUAACGCUCUGCAUAAUACUGAUGCGGAUAAGCAGCGUCAGGUUUUUUACAGGAUAUUUUGUUCCCUUCCGGUCCCUUCACAACACUUGCUUGUUCUUUUAUUUGGUACAUUUCGAACGGUAGCUGACUCCUCCGACACAUACGGUACCAAGAUGAGUCCUGAUGCCAUUGCGAUCUCCGUUGCUCCUUCACUUUUUCAUUCUUGUAUACAUGAUGGAAGACAGGUGAAAGUAGAAGACGUACAGAGGUUCAAGCUUGCUUCUGAAGUUGUUAAGAAUAUAAUUACUUCUUUUGGUCACACGAACCUUUUUCCUCGGGAAUGUUACGAAUUCUAUGCGCGGAUUACUGGUAGAACUUUGCGCGUCGAUGAAAAUUGGCUAUUCACAUUUCAGUAUCCGUCAAGUGUUGCUUCAUCGGCCGCCUUCAGUGCUAUGGCUGCAAAGUGUGCUGGUGCUUACUCACUGGCUGCACUUCAUCUGGAAGGGGAUGUGUUCGAGCCGGCGGUUGUUGUGCGGCGACUUGAGAAUGCUGGGAACGAAGAGAUCUUCCCUGGAAUGAUACAAAGGACCUGUUCUUUGAAUCGUCAUCCUUUAGCGCACACCACUGAUCAUCCAAAACGGCCUCCUGCAGGAAGCUAUGGCGGUAUCGGUGUCAGCGAGUUUGUUGACAUGAAACAGUCAAUCAGUUGUGACUUUUAA